GAGUGCAUAUGUUCCACUUUGCCAUCACUACUCUGAGGGUACUGAUACCGCAUGAGUUCAUUGUUACUGCAUUUGAAAACGGGCUCCACUAUGAGGUUAUGAUAAUAUAUAGGAAGGUUACGAGGUUGGUUAUAUUUCUUAUCCGCCUGACUCACUAUUCUUCGAGAUGUACUCUCCGUUUUCAGGCAAUUCGCUCAGUACCAACUAUGGGCCAGACAUAACCACUAGCAUCACCCAUGAAAACACUACAGUUAGUGUGGAAGCCGCAGGCGAUAUUUCACCUUUUCGUGCCGCUAGUGGUGCCUCUCCGAGUCCACUGAGCUCUCCUACUGUUGCGAUAGAUUUGGACGUUAUCGGAGAAGCCGAGGCCACAGAAAUCAUGUCCAUAGAGCAUAAAGCUCUCGGUCACCGUCCCCCACCUGGGUCACUUGCAGCUCAAGCACAAUCAGCCGCUGCGAAACACCCUACAGGCAGGCCUGAAAGAUCUAGUCGGCCUGAUACUGACACGCUGACUAUGGCUGCACUUGAGGACGUCGCUCGUAUAUCAAGAGACGAGGCGCGAGGAACUCGCGGUGUCAACCUCGAUGCCAUUGGUGCAAGUGAAGCAAGGACACUGGUGUCUCUUGAACACAGAGCUCUGGGAUAUAAUCCUCCCCGUGGGUCUCUUGCAUCAAAAGCUCAGCGGGCUGCAGCCAAACAUCCUCAAGGCGGGCCGAUGUCGGCCCGACCCAACGCCGAUACACUUGCUCAAGCCGCCGUGGACGAUGCUGCGCACAUUGGAGAGAGGAAUUUUACCCGGGAUAGCUCGCCAGCUAAUCCAUGCUAUAGACUUGACCUUGUGUGAGAAAUGUAAUAGUAUACUUAUCUGCUUCGUGCAGGACAUCAGAACGAUAUAAUUACCGUCCGUGUCACGUAAAUACAGCUUAAAACCAAAUAU